AUGACAUCCCUCAAAUCCGGCUACUUCCAGACCCUCACCUACCCCUCCACCACCUCAAUUCUCAUAAAAGAUGAGAUCUACGGGGAGCACCGCAUCACCGAGCCUGUCCUGCUGGACCUCCUCCACUCCCCACACGUCCUGCGCCUCCGAAAUAUCGACCAACACGGGGUAACAGGUGUCCUAGCCCUGCUGCCCAACAUAACGCGCCUUGAACACUCCAUCGGCGCAUUCCUCCUCGUCCGCACACAGGGCGCCACCCUCCCCGAACAAGUCGCCGCCCUGCUCCACGACAUCAGCCACACGGUCUUCAGCCACGUCAUCGACGGGGCGCUCUCAGCACCGGGCGAGGAGAGUUUCCACGAAGUGCACAAGGACCGAUAUGUCCGGGGGAUGACGGAUCUACCAGAGAUGAUCCGGCGGCAUGGCCUUGACCCCGACGAGGUCCUGCGCGAGGAAUUGUUCCCGCUUGUCGAGCAGCCGGCUCCGCGGCUUUGUGCGGAUCGCGUGGACUAUGCGCUGCGCGACACGGUUGCGUUGGGGAAGCUGAGUCUCGGCCAGGCGAAGUGGGUUUUGAGGGCUCUGCGUGCGGUUCCGGACGCGAGGCAUCCGAGACGGAUAUUGGCUCUCGACGACGCAGACGUCGCACUAGGAUUCUCACGCGCAUACAUCGCGGUCGAUGGGGCGCUUUGGGGCAAUAGCGCGCAUGGCGACAUGUCCCGGCGGCUGGCGGGUGUCAUACGAAAUGUAAUCCAGCAGGGAUUGAUCCCGGAAGAAGCGCUAUGGACGCUCUCCGACCGCGAAUUCUGGGAUCUGAUGCGGAACGUCGCUAGCGAGGAAGAUCAUGGUGUUCUUGAAGGACUGGAGAGGGAAGGGAUCCCUAACAACGAGGGGCUGCCCUUUGUGGCGGGCACAAAGAUCCGCACUAUUGAUCCGGAUGUUCUGGUCUCGAACUCGGAUGCAGAAAUCAAGCCUCUGUCGAAGGUUUUGCCGGGGUGGGCGACUGAGCGCGAGGAGUAUCUUCGCGAGCGAGAGAGGAUGAGGGCAACGAGUGCCGAGGGCGCAAGAAGUUCCUCAUAG